UUGUAUUAUAUUCUUUAACCGCUCCAAAACUUGAAGUCUUGGCAUUAAGAAAACUUGAAUUCAACGGAUAGAUAACACUGGAUGAAGUAAUGUUUAAAAAAGCUCACUCAACGAUCGCUUGAUAAGCUAAGCCAAAUCAGUCUCUUCUAAGCACUUUCUUUGAACAGUUGAUCAAAUGGCGGGUCUUCGCAUUGUAAAAUUUACUUGGCUCGCCAUUAUUUUUUAUCAUAACUUGAAUUUGAUAUUUGCUAAUUAUGUUUGCAAAGAAAAGGACUAUAUUGGCUACUGUCAAAAUUUUGGAUCAUGUGAAACUCUAAAGGACCGUAGCUUGACAUGGGAAAUGUUAGAUAACAAAGACUGUCGAAAAUCUGGUCUUAUUGGAAUGAUUAUUUGUUGCCCACGAAUGAAAUACGUGCGACGGCCUUCAAGAAUAACAACAACAUCAACUACAACAAAAAAAUAUAAUUUCUGGCCCCACAGUUAUGAAUACAAACCGCCCAAUAAUAGCCCCACUCAUGAUGACAGAAAUCACAAUGCUUUUCAUCAAAAGGACUUUCAUCCUUACGGCUUGUCAUUACUAAACCAGAAUUGCGGUAAAGUAAAUGACGUACGCGUGGCGCAUGCUGUAAACGCUGUUCUGGGAGAGUUCCCGUGGAUGGCAAUACUACUUGAUGCGCGAAUGGAACCUUUGUGCGGUGGGUCCGUAAUAACAGAUCGUUUUGUUUUGACUGCGGCACAUUGCAUUACGGACCAUUUGCAUCUUGUGCGUCUAGGCGAACAUAGAAGAUCAACUAAAGAGGAUUGCUUUGGUGGUAUUUGCCAGAGAUAUUUGGAUUUCGGCAUCGAUCCCCUACAAAGACCCGUCGUUCAUCCGGAGUUUGAGACCAAAAAUCACCGCAAAGAUAUAGCUUUGAUAAAGCUUAAUACGACGAUCAAUUUUGUAUCAUAUCCGCACAUUCAGCCAAUUUGCUUGUCAAUUAAAUCCAUAGAGCAUCAGUUAACACCGGGUGAUGAUUUAGUUUUAGCUGGAUGGGGACUAAAAGAAAACGAUCGCCCAGUUGAUACUCUUCAAAAAGGUAUGUUGAAACUGGAAACAUUGGAUCGUUGUAAGCAGGUGUACCCUCGUUUUACUAUCGACAACUCAAAGUUAUGUAUUCGUGCUAGCGCAUGGAAUUCGGUAUCUUGCAGAGGAGAUUCUGGAGGCCCUCUAUUUCGGAAAGCUAAAUAUCAAAGAUUCGGGUACAUACGCUAUCAUUACAUCCAAGUUGGGUUGGUAUCCUUGGGCUAUGGUAGAAAAUGUGGUGACUUAACGACAGAGCCUUUUAUGUAUGAAAACGUGACAGAUUCAUCAGUAUGGUUAACGCAUGCCCUAUAUAAUGCAUCAUAAGUAUUUACUCUGAAAAUGUUAUUAUAAAAAUUUAAUUAACUUAUGUAUGUACACCUAUAUCAAUAAAUAAAAACCAUCUAAGCAUGCAAAACAUUCAA